UCAACUGCAUAUGCCUUGUUUUGUGAGACUGUGGUGGUAACUCGCCUGCUGAAAAAUUACGAGAUUUUGAGAAUGUCAUUGCUGCUACAUCUGUUUAGACACUUUGUAUCCAAACAUGAAAUGAAUGAUGCCACAAGUUACAGAACUGAUCAACUGAAAAGACGUAUUCAGAAUGACUAUCCACAACUUACUUUUCAUUCUCCAUGCCGGAAGAAUGUUAGCGAGCUAGUCUUCACAGAGACCUUGUCACCUGAUGAUCUCCUGGAAGGAUUCCAAUCAGAGAGUGAGCUUGGAUCAGACUUAACACCAAGCGACACUGACACUGAGGCAAGCUGUCCUAUGAAGUCUACUGUAUCAGGUCUACAAGCCAGAAGCAGUGCUUUUAGUUCCAUGCAAACCUUAUAUGAAACAAGUGACAUUCUUCAAAGAGCUAUUAAAGAACAACCUCGAAUGGAAAAACCAUGGCCACCAAUAUCAGAUACUAUGAACAUUGAAUCAUGUGAAUCAGUUGUUCCUGUGGAACUGUACAACUUACUUGUUUGGAGCAUUGGAGUCUCAGAAGAGCUUUCUAUUUCAGAGAGGGUUAGUGUUCCCGAGAGUAUUCAUUUAAAACUGUUGUCUAUUUGUCAGGAUGUUGUUUAUUUGGCAUCAAAUGGAAGAAGACAAACUCCAAAAUCUUUAGCCUUGGGUCUCACAGUCCAACAUUUGACUGGUUCUUGUCAGCUGUUAGAUAUUCUGAAUAGAUUUGGCCACUGUGCUUCAUCUGAUGCAAUUGUUGGUUAUGAGACCAGCCUGGCCCAACUCCAACUUGAGACAGGUGGAGACAUUCCCAAAGGUUUUGAAAAGCAAACACCCACUGUAAUGGUUUGGGACAAUAUAGACUUUGGAGAGGAAACCAAAUCUGGUGCUGGUACAACCCACCAUACGAAUGGCAUCAUGACACAGAGUAAGCCAACCACAUCAGAUGAAGGGAACAGGACAGCAGUCAUCAAAAAAGGACAACGUACUCUGAAUCCACCACCAUGCCAGAUAGAAGUCUAUCAUCAAAAAAAGAGACAUGGCCCAGAAGAUCUUACAGUUAGUGACCAUGACCUGCAGAUGGCCAUCGUCAAGGAAAUGGUUGUCCAUGCCAGAAAAACUGAUUUAUUCUAUGUCAUACUGAAAUACACACAGAGCGAUGAACCAAAAAUUCCAGGCUGGCGUGGCUUCAACAUACACCUUCAAGAAGAUGGUCCAUUACAUGAUGAUGAUAGUGGUGAUGAGAUGGACUAAAAUCUAUACAAAUACAUAAAUAUACAUUGUUUGACUGUAUUUCCUUUAACAGGUAAUACAAAUGUAAAUAUGUGCAGAACAGUUGUGAGAAAGCAGAAACAUAAGCCAAAAACGCCUGCAUUUCACAGCUAAUUUUUAAAAAAUAAAAUAAAAAUGCAGGCCUAUAAGGAGUUAAAACUAUGGUACUAAUAGGUACUAGUACCUAUUCAAAGUGAUUAGACCAUUUAAAAUAAUUGAACAUCUCAAAUCUUCAUAUCAGUAAUAUCACAAUCUGAUAUAUAAGAUGGACUGCAAUUUCUUAAAGGUCAACCCGAGUUAUUUGCCUUUUCAUCUACGAGAUUCUUCAUAAUUUCCAAUAACUUCAAAUAUAUAUUGUCAAAUUAUAUAUUACAGGAACAAGAGAAGUAUCCAGACCACUUCUAUCAAGAAAGUUCGCACAAAAAAAGCAUUUCAGUGCACUUAAUUGACCUUUGACCUCUAUGUUUGACCUUGUCGACCACUGACUACCCUCCUGGAUUGACUUUUUGAAUAGUACAGACUAUUAACUCUUU